UCUUCACAGACCGGCAUAUGACGCGCGGUACUUCGUGGGUCUGUGGACGCGUGCCACAGGAAGCUAUAAAGGCGGAUACAUAGAGACCCUGUGCAGCACACUUUGUCUCUUCCAACCUCUCUUUCCAGGGUAUCGUGUCUCACGUCCUCAACGUUAUUUGACCUCUGCGGUUGCAAAUAUUGGGCUUACAUCCAGCAGAAAGACAUGGACUAUAUUGAAAGUUUGGACAAUCGGUUAAAUACAUUUGUGGACUACCUGUUUGGGGAGAGAGAUACCCGGGUACGAGGAUGGCUUCUGUUGGACUCGUGCCUCCCCACCCUCUCCCUCACCAUCCUCUACCUCCUAGCAGUUUAUCUGGGGACUAAAUACAUGCGGAACAGGACAGCGUACUCGCUUAAGGGGAUCUUACAAGUAUACAACCUGGGUGUGACAAUGCUGUCCCUCUACAUGCUGGUUGAGCUCAUCUGUGCUACGUGGUCAGCAGGCUAUCGGCUGCAGUGUCAGGGACUCUACGAGGCCGGGGAGGGAGACAUCAGGGUGGCCAAGGUUCUGUGGUGGUAUUACUUCUCCAAGCUGAUCGAGUUCCUGGAUACCAUCUUCUUUGUGCUGCGGAAGAAGAACAACCAGAUCACCUUCCUGCAUGUGUAUCACCACGCCUCCAUGUUCAACAUCUGGUGGUGUGUUAUGAACUGGAUCCCCUGUGGACAGAGUUUCUUUGGGCCGACUCUGAACUGCUUCAUCCACGUGUGCAUGUACUCUUACUACGGCCUAUCCACAGUCCCCUCCAUGCAUAAAUACCUGUGGUGGAAGCGCUACCUGACUCAGGCACAGCUGGUCCAGUUCAUACUGACCAUCACCCACACCCUGAGUGCCGUUGUGGUCCCGUGUGGCUUCCCCUUCGGCUGCCUCCUCUUCCAGUCAUCCUACAUGAUGACCCUUGUCAUCUUCUUUGUCAAUUUCUAUAUCCAGACCUACAGGAAAAGACAACCCAGAGAAGUCAGGAAACUUGCGUUUGAUCAGCGUGACAGCAAGUCCAGUCACCAAAAUGGUCACUCGGUCUCAACAAACGGUACCAGCUUCAAGAAAAGCCAGUAGUCUGGACAAGGCUGUCAAGAUGACAACCAACUUCAACAACCACCAGAAUCUAUAUAUGCUGUGACACUACGCUAUAAAGCUACAAAACAGGGAGAAACUUCAAUGUUGCAUUUUGUAUAGAAAACAUUGUUCUUUUUUGUAUAGAAUACAUUGUACUUCAUUUUUGUAUCAAAUAUGUUGUUUGGUUUCUUUGAUGCUUUAUAACGAAUAUGUGUAAUACUGAACGCAUGGGAUGAUGUGCUCACUCCUGUUUAACUUCCAAGUGUUGAAAUGCAAGUGAAAACUCCAUCCAUUCCUUUCCACACAGGAAUCCUUAACACUGAGAAUCUACACUAGUGCAUAGAAAUUUCCACCACUUUGUAUGACAUUUACUUUGUUAUUAAGCCAUAUGGUCUUUAUUGAAUAUAGCCCCCCCCCCCCCCCCAUGUAUAUGGCGUGUACUCACCACAAAUAUCACUUGAGCAUUCACACAAAUAAUUGUCAAACUAAAGAUGCCUUAGAAACACUGCAAAACCUUCUACCUGUUAAAUCACAAUGUAUUCGAAUGUCUUAGUUUAAAGGUGCAAAAUGUGCUGUUAAACAUCUGGUUCUUCAGAAGAAAUUAACAUUGUCAUGUCUUUCGUGGACUUUAUACAUUGAUCGAGAGCUGUAACUAUGGAUCAAUGAAUGUCUUAUAAACAAACAAAAUAAAAGUACUUGAGAAAAAAAAGAA